GCUCGUCAACAUUCUCUCGCUAGACGAACGGUCACUGGUAUCGGAAUGGAGUGGACGCAAUAGAGACGAACAGCAUACUUUCUGUUGGUGAUGGCUGGGCCUCGAGGGAAAGCCAUUUCCAUGGCAUCUUCUUCUGAAUCGUCCCUUUCCCCUCCGGCAGUACCCAUGGAACUCCACGCUGUGAACCGAGAUAAACUCCUCAACUACAUUCGUCAACAACUCUCCGUAUGUUCUCGCCCCCUCCACGGCUUCGUCUUCCUUCAGGGAGGCGAAGAGCGGACUCGCUAUUGCACAGAUCACGUCGAGCUUUUCAGGCAGGAGAGUUAUUUCGCUCAUUUGUUUGGAGUGAGAGAGCCCGGUUUCUACGGAGCUAUAGACAUUGCAAGUGGAAAGUCUAUUCUAUUUGCUCCUAGGUUACCAGCCGAUUAUGCCAUUUGGUUGGGGGAGAUAAAGUCUUUGCAUUACUUACAGAAAAGAUACAUGGUCGACAUGGUUUACCAUACAGAUGAGAUUGUCCAAGUCUUGCAUGAUCAAUACAAUGGAUCGGGAAACCCUUUGUUGUUUCUCUUGCAUGGGCUUAACACUGAUAGCAAUAACUUUUCAAAGCCUGCCGAGUUUGAGGGCAUUGAAAAGUUUGAGAUAGAUUUGACUAUCUUGCAUCCUACUUUGACCGAGUGCCGUGUCAUAAAGUCAGACUUAGAGCUUGUUCUCAUACAAUUUGCAAAUGAUAUAAGUUCCGAAGCUCACAUUCAGGUUAUGAGAAAAAUUGGAGUUGGCAUGAAAGAGUAUCAGUUGGAAAGCAUGUUUCUGCACCACAUAUACAUGUAUGGUGGCUGUAGGCACUGUUCAUACACAUGUAUUUGUGCUACUGGCGAAAAUAGUUCAGUUCUACAUUAUGGGCAUGCAGCAGCUCCAAAUGACAGGACUUUCGAAGAUGGUGAUAUGGCAUUGCUUGAUAUGGGAGCUGAGUACCAUUUUUAUGGAUCUGAUAUAACUUGUUCCUUCCCUGUGAAUGGGAAGUUUACAAGUGAUCAAAGUCUUAUAUAUAAUGCUGUACUAGAAGCUCAUAAUGCUGUCAUAUCUGCAAUGAAGCCUGAAGUAAGCUGGGUGGAUAUGCACAGAUUGGCAGAGAAAAUUAUUCUCGGGUCAUUGAAGGAGGGAUGCAUCCUUGUUGGCAAUGUUGAUGAUAUGAUGAUUGAGCGAUUAGGUGCUGUUUUCAUGCCUCAUGGGCUGGGGCAUUUCCUGGGUAUUGACACUCACGAUCCUGGAGGCUACUUGAAGGGAAUGGAGAAACUGAAAGAGCCUGGUUUGAGAUCUUUACGUACAACCAGAAAACUACUUGAGGGAAUGGUGAUAACAGUGGAGCCAGGAUGCUAUUUCAUUGAUGCUUUAUUGGUUCCAGCCAUGAAAAAUGAAAACACUUCCAAGUUUUUCAAUCAUGAAGUUAUUGGUAGAUUCAAAAAAUUUGGUGGAGUUCGCAUUGAAAGCGAUGUGCUUGUUACCGCCAAUGGAAGCAAGAACAUGACUAAUGUUCCUCGGGAAACAUGGGAGAUCGAGGCCGUGAUGGCAGGAGAACCAUGGCCACUCAAGAAGUCUUACUGUCCAGAAAUGGCGAAGGAAGCAAGUUGAGCAAUUCACAUUGCCACGGAUCAUGUAACCUGAUAUACCAUAAAAUAUCCAUGACCAGCCUGGCUUGUUUCUGCAGCUUCGGGCCAAGUCUCAGCGUUAAGUGUUUAGAAAUUUUCUUGGGGGAGAAUUUUCAUGCUAACUAGUGGAUUGCAGUUUUGUUUUGUUUUUUUUCAGAUGUAAAGUGGAUUGCAGGUAGUUAUGCCACAAUUAAUAAGAAAAAAAUGUAGAAUAAAAUUUUUGAAAAAAUAUUAAGUUUAUUUUGGAA